AUGACGACUUCCUCCAAUGAGCAGUCGCAGCCCAGCGACACUCACCCAAGCGACUCAUUCGCCCUCCCACAAAACACUACGUUGGCCGAUGGCACCUCGCCGCGCUCUACAAAAGUUGUGUCUUUUCCCGAUGAUAGCACCAUUUCCCCCUUGAUGAUUGGCAAGAACAAGGAGCUUGACCAGAAGGAUUACCUCGAUCUCGACAGGCCUACAAGAAGUUACCCCGCAAGCAUCAGCAAAAAGAAACUAUCUGGACGGCCCUCAGUCGAGCGACUGGGAUCAACCAAGGUAGCGCCAAGUGAGGGAAAUCCAUCCUUAUCUUCCUUGCUCUCCAACAGCUCAACAGACGUUCCCUCUGACGGACAGCAUCCACAUGAGAAUCUAUUGAAGCAAGUGGGCACAUGGCUCAAGCAUGAACGAAGCAGACGUCAUGCACGCAGGGCAAGGCGCAAAGCUGCCAAGGAGGGCGCUGCCCAGGAAUCGACAAAGGCCGUUCCUGAUGAGACGACCGAUGAGCCUCAUGUUCUAGCUAGAAGCAGCUCCGAAUCGUCUCAUGGCGAGGACUCCCUCGACCAACUGGCGCAAAUCCUUGAAAAGACCCUAUCCAUGAAGCCGGCCGACGCUAAGAGGAGGAUGCAACACUUCCGCAGAUCAUCAACAGGCUUGAAGCGACACUCCGCCAUCUCUCUAGACACGGAUUACUUUGAAUCCGUAGACCAGCUAGUCCCGAGUUGCGAGGCUAUUCUAGACAACUCGAAGACUAUGGCCUACAACGUAGAUGAGUCAGACAGCGAGUCCGCCCGUCACGUAUCUGAGAAAGAAGCACGCAAAGAGAGGGAGGCAUGGACCAAGUUCCGGGCCGAAAUCCUUCGUCUAGCUCAUACACUCAAGCUCAAAGGCUGGCGGAAGGUGUCUAUGGAACAGAGCAAUGAGAUUGACGUACAGAGGCUGAGCGGCGCCUUAACAAAUGCUGUUUAUGUUGUCUCGCCUCCCAAGAAUCUACCGCUUCAAGAACAGGGCGACGACGGCCAGCCAAAGCCCAAGAAUCCUCCUCCCAAACUUUUGUUACGUAUCUACGGCCCACAGGUAGAACAUCUGAUCGAUCGAGAGUCUGAAUUGCAGAUUCUUACACGCCUUGCUCGAAAGCGGAUUGGUCCACGUCUACUCGGCACCUUCACCAAUGGACGCUUCGAGGAGUUUCUUCAUGCAAAGCCGUUGACUGCGAAGGAGCUGCGCAAUGCAGAGACGUCCAAGCAAAUUGCUAAGCGUAUGCGAGAGCUUCAUGAAGGCAUCGAUCUCUUGAAGGAAGAGCGAGAGGCCGGUCCAUUUGUCUGGCAAAACUGGGACAAGUGGGUUGAUCGCUGUGAGCAAAUCGUCACCUGGCUCGAUCAACAGGUUCGAGAGAGCAGCCAAGACUCUGCACAAGCUCCUGGUGACAGAUGGAAGAAGCGGGGAUACGUGUGCGGUAUGGAGUGGCCAGCGUUCAGGCAGGUGGUUGAGAAGUAUCGAAGAUGGUUAGAGGAACAGUACGGUGGCGCAGACAAGAUCAACGAGCGGAUGAUAUUCGCUCAUAACGACACCCAGUAUGGCAACAUUCUACGUAUGGUGCCGGAAGGCGAGUCGCCUUUACUGCUUCCAGCAAACCAGCACAAGCAGCUCGUAGUCAUCGAUUUCGAGUACGCUAACGCAAACCUGCCCGGUUUGGAAUUUGCCAACCACUUUACUGAAUGGACAUACAACUACCAUGACGCGGAGGUUCCGUGGCGUUGCAACACCAAGUACUAUCCGACACUUGAAGAGCAACACCGCUUUAUCCGGGCGUACCUGAUGCAUAACCCCUCGUACAAAGCUGCUGGGGGCUAUACUUCUAACCCUGCCACCCCGCACCUGGGUCCUCUUCCAUCCUCUGGCAGCACCACCGCACUGGCAGCGACUGCCGCCCCUAGCAAUAUCUCUGCAUUCAUGCUAGACUCACGUGCUCCACCUGGCGAGAAGUAUCAAGAGCAGGAGGCGCAAGCCGAGCGUCAGAUUGAAGAAGAGACUCGCCGCUUACUAGCUGAGACCAAGCUCUGGCGUUUAGCCAACUCCGCUAUGUGGGUAGCAUGGGGUAUCGUCCAAGCUCACGUUCCAGGCCUUCCCGACUUCGAUGCCGAGGACAAGAAGGCGAAUGCUAACCCUAGUAAAGAAGCGGCAGAGUUAGACAGUGCAACAGCAGAGAUUAGGGCUGAGGCUGAGGCUGGAGAGAAGGGGGCUGGGAUCGUGAGUGAAAGGAUGGCGGAACAGACACAAGAGAACAAAACACAAGCGGAGCAAGAUGCUGACCUUUUCAAACCGCAGGAUGAGGAAGAGUUCGACUACUUGGCCUAUGCUAACGACCGCGCAAUGUUCUUGUGGGGUGACGCCAUUCGCAUGGGCAUAGUGAAGGCAGAGGAGGUGCCCGAGGAGUUGCGGAAGAGAGUCAAAUUAGUGGAAUAUUAA